AGGGUUGGGAUGUCACCAAAACGGUGACCCAGAAUUAUAAGAAAUUGGGACUAGCCCUGGAUUUAAACAAGACCAACUCAAUAGCACAACAUAGAGCAGAUGAUCACGUGGAAUUUGUAGCGCAGGAGGAGUACGCGCGACUACGAGCGGCCCAGAAUCCAACGAAAACAAUAUCAGCUCUGCAAGACUACAGCAAACUCGAAACAAAGAUCGUCACUGCACUCUCGGACGGCCAGCAACAACUCGCCCAGGCAUUGAUCAAGAAACACGGAGACGACUUCAAGGCUAUGGAGAGAGAUAUCAAGCUCAACACGCACCAAAAAAGCAAGGGACAGCUCAAAAGUUUAUGCACCAAGUACCUGGCUGGACUAGAGGAGGAGGAAGGAAGCGAAAGUAAAGAAGACAAGGCAGAUGAAUAGAGCUGCA